CCGAGUCCAAGGGAUUUGGCCAUGAAAGUACGUGCUUCAGUGAAGAAGAUGUGCGAGUUUUGUAGGACAGUGAAGCGUCGAGGUCGAGUGUAUGUAUACUGCUCAUCCAAUCCCAAACACAAGCAACGCCAGGGCCUAUCAACAUCUGCUAGUGAAAAACCUUCUCCCCACCUGUUCCCAAGUAGUGAGGUGAAGCAAGAGAUUCUUCCCAGUCAUAGCUCACGAACAGGUCUGGCUUCUCUCCUCCCCCAAAAGCAUGAGCCAACAAUGUUGAUUGGUUGGAGAAUGGGUCUAGCUUCAAUCCUGUUGAAGAAACACAAUUAGCUGAAGUCCACGAUUACAAACAUCUCGAUUUCUGCGGGCCACGAAAAUUUCUACAAUUUGAUUCUGCUCCUUCUAACAAGAAAAAAGCUCUGCUGCUCUGAGUUUUGUUCUGUUUGAGUUGGUUCUGAUAUUUAGAAUGGCAGGACGAGCUGUUACAUUGAGCCGGCGAUCAUUUUCAUUUUCAGCUUCUGAAAAGUGGCGGCAGAACUGAACUGCGCCCUGUAUUAUGUUGGAGAUUAGAACAUGACUUGCAAUCCUUAAUUUCCUUCUAAAUAAUCCUCAAAUCCAUCAACAUAUGAUGAAUCAAGUUGUAUGCUAACAAGUUAAGAAAAGUUUGAAUUCUAUUUUAGUUUCAUUUUCCAUAUCUA